AUGCCUACCUAUACUGUCGUAGAGGGUGAUACUCUAUGGAAGAUCGGAGUAUCUCACGGUUUAAGCUUGGACACAGCAACUGAAGAAAUGUUUGCCGCAAAUCCUCAGCUACAUGGCUCUGAAGACCUGCAAAUUGGGCAAGUCAUUAACAUUCCUGGCAAUCAAGGUGGUGGACAAGACAAUCUUGAUCAAGGCGCAGCUUUGAAUAUUCAGAACCAAGCUCGCCACGAAGCUUCUCAACGAGGGCGUGCACGUAAUGACCUAGUUUGGGACAAUGACCUGGCCAAUGCAGCAGCUCAAUGGGCCAACUAA